UCAAAAAGUAACGAACGAGGAAAAACACCAAAACAAGAGCAAAGCGAAGAUAACGAAAUCACUUGACAUUCUCAUCACUUACAUAAAAAGAAAGUUAUUUUUAACGUUUUUGAUUAAUAAAUAAUGCAAUAAAUAGCCCCUAUUCAAUUACAAUUAUUAUCGUACAUUUCUCAAAAUGGUAAUUUUACAAUUAGAAGAACAGCCUUUAAUUAUCCAAGCAAUAUUUGCCGGAACCGUAGAUGAAGUAGAAGAUCUUGUGGACAAUCCUGAAUUUGUAAACUAUACAGAUUGUGAGAAAAGGACUCCGUUACAUGCUGCUGCUUAUAUAGCAGAGUCUCAUAUAGCUUUCCUUCUGCUAGAACACGGAGCUAGGGUCAAUGCCAAAGACAGUAAAUGGGUAACUCCUUUGCACCGAGCUUGUGCUGUUAAUGCCUAUGAAGUUGUCGAUGUGUUACUGAAGUAUCAAGCCGAUGUUUGUGCUAGAGACAGACUGUGGCAAACACCACUACAUAUAGCGGCCGCCCAUGACGCUUACAAUUGCGUAGACAAACUUCUAAGCAUCAUCCCAAACCCUAAUGUAACAGACCGGGCGGGACGUACGGCGUUACAUCAUGCCGCUUCUAACGAAAACGGUUCUGUGGUCAAGCUACUUAUCACCAAAGGCUGUAUCGUUAAUGCUUGCGAUAAGAAAGACUGUAGGCCGCUACAUUUGGCUGUCCAGAUGGGUCACCAGGACAACGUCGAGCUGCUGUUACAAUAUCAGGCCGACGUCAACGCCAAAGACCGAAACCUUUAUACGCCUUUACAUGUGGCCGCAGCCAAUGGUUUUAAAGUAAUUACCCGAAUACUGAUAGAAGCUGGGGCCGAAGUGAACGCACAAAAUGCUUUCGGUAAUACGCCGUUACAUGUGGCGUGCUUAAAUGGGAAUUUGUCCUGUUGCGAGGAAUUGACUUUGGCGGGAGCCGAUAUAGAAGCUGUCAAUUUUAGAGGACAAACUCCACUUCACGUAGCUGCAGUUUUUACCCAAUUUAGCGUUCUCCUUGGCAACGAUUGUUUAGCGUUUCUAUUGAAAAAAGGGGCAGACAUCAAUAAAUGCAGUGCAGAUGGACGGACGCCUUUACACAUGACAGCAAUACAUGGAAGGUUUACCAGAAGUAAAACCCUAAUAGAUAAAGGGGCUUUGAUAGACUGUGCAGAUAAAAAUGGCUCCACACCACUGCAUAUAGCUGCCCAAUAUGGCCAUGAUAUUUUAGCCAAUACGUUGUUAAGUUUUGGAGCUGAUCCUGCCAAAAAGGGAUAUGAAGGACGAACGCCCCUUCACAUGUGCUGCCUCUCAGGAUACGUGGAAUGUUGCAGAAAAUUCCUUCAAACCGGUGUAAAUUUGAAUGAAAAGGACGAUAGUGGAAGGAGCCCUACGCAUUGCGCGGCAUACAAAGGUUCUAUCGAAUGCUUAGAUCUUUUAACGAGCAAUGGGGCGGAUUUUAAAAUGAAGGAUAAUUUUCAGCGGUUACCGUUACAUUAUGCAGCCGCGCAAGGGCAUUUUCAAUGUGUUUUUACUUUGGUAGGCAUUGGCAGUCCCAUCAAUGAUCGAGAUAUUGAGGGAUGUUCACCAUUGCACUUAGCAGCAGCGUACGAUCAUGAAGCCAAAUGCGUGGAAUAUUUACUUAAUCACAGAGCUGAUCCAAAACUGAAGGAUGCAAAAGGAUUUUCUCCGAUGCAUUAUGCCAUAGCGUGUGGAAAUGUAGAAGGUGUCAAGCUACUGUUAAACGUAACGGAAGAAUCUGUUUUUCGAGGUGAAGCAGGCUCUCCUAAUAUUACUCCUCUACAUUUGGCUGCAAAACUGGGCAAUGUUGAAAUAUUAAGAUCAGUUCUAACAAAAUAUAACGACGUAAAUAUCCAGUCAGAUGAAGGUAUUACCCCACUAAUCUUAGUAGCAAGAGAAGGUCACAUACAAUGCGUCCAUUUCUUACUAAGAUUCGGAGCUAAAGUAUCUUUAUGUGAUAAUAUUAAUUUAAUGAGCCCGAUACAUUACAGUGCCAAAAACGGACACUCGCAGUGUCUUACUUUGUUGCUCCACAACAGCGAGGAUCAAAGUAUCGUUAAUAUGGUGGACAGUCAACAAAGGACCGCCUUAAUGCUAGCCGUCUCAGGGAACCACACGGAGUGUGUUCAGGCUCUUUUAAAAUGCGGAGCCGAUCCGAAUAUUGUAGAUACCGAUGAACAUUCCUGUUUGUUUAGAGCGGUAGUUAAUGGGCAACAUCACGUAGUUCAAUUGCUCCUCUCUCACAGUGCCGAAGUGACAACUCGCGAUGUUAACGGAAAGACUGCGCUCCAUCUGGCGGCCGCCUGUGGACAUUUAUCCUGCUUACAGUUACUUAUGGAGUAUAUGAAAGAGGAAGAUAUUAUUAGCAAAGAUAAUCAGGAAUGUAGUGUUCUUCAUUGGGCGUGUUAUCAUGGUCACGCGCAUUGUGUGGAGCAUCUUUUGUCGAAGAAUCUCUUUAAAGAAUUGGAAGGGAACUCGUAUUCUCCAGUACAUUGCGCAUGUUUCUCUGGUUCAGAACAAUGUCUCGAACACCUGAUCAAUCAUUUCGGAAGUGACGUCGUCCAUUUGAGGGACGAGAAGCAAAGGACGCCGCUACAUAUUGCUGCCCUUCACGGGCACACCGAAUGUGCCAAAUUAUUGUUGAAACACGGCGGCGACCCGUUGCUGAUAGACGAAGAGGGACGGACUCCUCUUAUUGCUGCCGUGCAGUACGGUCAAUCUAGUAUAGUUGAAUUACUUUUAAGUUUUAACAUAGACUUGUCGGCCUGUGAUAAAGAUGGCAACACUGCCUUACACUGGGCGUGCCUUAAGAAACACCACCAAACUGCCUUACUUAUUUUAGAAAACUGCUCCACGGAUUCCAAGAUUGUCGAUUUAGUUAACAAUGAUAAGAAAACCCCACUACACAUUGCAGCCCGAAACGGAUUAGUAGACGUGACACGGGAACUCCUCAAAAAGGGAGCGAACGUGUUGGCCGUAGACAAUGAAGGGCUUACGCCAGCCCUGUGCUGCGCCCCCAAUUACAAUGUCGCCCAAUGUCUGGCCCUCAUAUUACAAUCCUGUGUGGCUUUGAUAUUGCCGGAUUAUUUGGACAGGACUAGUACACCAAAUGCAUCAGGGGGCACAUUAGACCAACAAAGCGCCAUGGAAUUGGCCCUGAAGCUCUCCAUGCAAACAAUAACGUCACUGGGGGAGCACAAAGGGCAAAGCUCCAGUCAUUCCAGUGACAACGAGUUUUACUAACAUCCAUCGAUUACAAAAUGGUAUUGUUAUGUUGUGGUGGUUGGGAAUGCACAAGGUCAGAGUGAUUUAAUUAAUGAAUAAUUUUUUUUUUUUAUAUUUGAGAAAAGUGAGGCAAUCAACAGGAGUAAAGUUUCAGGUUUUUCUAAAUUUUCAUGUUUUUUGAUAGUUUUAAGAAGUAUGCUGAAAAUUAUCCUUUCAAAACAUAUCCAAAUCAACUAACAAUAAUAAUAUAUUAGAAGAAAAAAAUGCAAAAAACGUGCCUAUUUGUACUUAAGCACAAAACCGACUAAUUUUUGCUACGCUUUUCUAACCAAGGGUAUUUAUAAGAUAUGUGUAUAUACCUACUAGUUAGGACAUUCUUAUUAGAGUAAAACACCAGUGAAACGAAUAAUUUACAGGGCCUAGUCAAACGAAGUUCUGGUAUAGGUUAAGAUUAACACAAUUUAUAUAUUCCUGAUACUUAUAAAAGUCACUGUAGUAAUUUAUUAUGUAGGUGACGAUUGAUAUUGUCUUGAGGUUAACAAAGAACAAAUAUAUACUGGCUUAGGCAGAUGUUUUGAAAUGAAAAUGUGAAUUAGAGAUGUAAAGGGGCGUUUUUCAUAUUUGCAUUUUCUACUAGGGGUUACCAUAAAUAUUAAAAACACUUCUAAAAACAAUACUCUAUUGGCUUCUCUAUUAUUUUUUAGAUAUUUAAAAAAAAUAUACGCAUUGUAAAAGUAUAAGUUUAUACUAAUAUUAUUAAACCUGUCACAUAACCUUAUAUGUUUUAUAGGUUUAUAUAUUUUUAUUAAGCUAUAUAAUGCCGCUUUUAACAGUUUUUUCGAAAAUGAUAUACUCCGUUGUUUCAACCAAUUUCGUCCUAUGUGACAUUUUCAAUGCAAUGCACAAAUUAACGUCAUGCUAGAAUUACAUAAUGGUAUCUGAGCCAAGUAACAAAUUGAGUAAUUUACUGUUAAAGUUUAUAAAUUAUAUAAAAUCAUUUUGGCCAUUUUGGAAUUUUGAUCUACAUAUUUAUAAAAUAAGAUGUCGAAAUAUUCCAUUUGUGAUAUUUCUUUUAAAUGCCCAAAAAAAAAAGGUAGAAAUUCGUUACUCAUAAAAUACAAUUUUGCAGUAAUUUAAGAUAAUUCUAACUACCACUUAAAAGACCCUGUUUAUUAAUUUUGUUAUUGUUUGCCUAUUAUUGUCAGAAUAAAAUAGUUCUAAGUGCUAAGUAGAACUGUGUUAUCAUGACGAUAUGGGUAUAGUAAAUAAAAGAAACCCGGGCUGGAUAGAAGAAAUACUGUAUUUAAGAUAAAAUAACAUUACAAAUAAUUGUUUUAAUAAUCUAAUUGUGUUCAUCAAUUAAAUAGAACGUGGUAGACUUAAAAAUAUAAUUAAUUCAAAAAACAGCAUUUUAUGCAUUCUACAUUUCAACAUUCGUAGCAUACAUAGGAACUUUAAUGAUUUACGGUAUAUACAGAAAUUAGGUUUUCUAAGUACCUAAUAUAAUUAGAAUAGUAAACAUAAAAAUCAUUGUAUAAUAUACAACUAAUUAAGUAACAAUUUAAUUAUGGCUUUGUAUGAGUAUAGGUAAUUAAUAUAUUUCAGAAUACUCUGGUUCAGUCUCUAUAUAAUUUGGCAUCGAAGAGGAAUCUGUUACAGCCAUGGUUAAAACCAAGGUAGAUCAAUAAUAAUAAGGAAUUAUUUAAUUUAAAAUUUUAAAAAUUCUUACCCAGUCUUAUAAUUUUAGAUGUUCUGGAGUUCAUAUUAAUUUGAUAAGGUAUAUAAACAAUAGCAUAAAUAAAAAGGAAACACCUUUUUUGGUCUUUUACUAAAAUAAACAAAACACGUUAGAACAAAUAGCUUAUUAAUAAAUUAAUUUAAGUAGGUUCUUAUAAAUACUAAAAAAAAAAAAUUUAAUAUUCUUUUGAGCCUUUUUAAAGUUUUUAUUUUUAUAAUUUAAUUGCAUAAUAUAACCCUUACAAAUUAUUUGUACAUGAUGAAAAUUAAAUAAACUAUAAAGAAUGUAUUAGUUUUGAGAAGAAAAAUACACAAGAACUGAAAAUUUCGGCUAUACAGUUUAAAUAAGUGACAUAUAUUAAAACGUGUCCUAAAUCCAUUUAAGUUAUGCAGGAUUUUGGUUAAUAUAACAAUUAAAAUUCGAAAGAAAUUAAACAAAAAAAUAAUAAGAAUAUAUCAGAAUUAGACACUAAAAAUAUUUAGAAUAUCUCAUAUACAGGGUGUCCCGAAAUUACAUCGCAAUAUUUUACCAGCCGCAUCUUUGUCUAAAAAUAAG